CCUGCUCUCCGAGCCGCCCGGCCCUCUCCCCCAAAAGAUAGUCAGAACCCCCUCCAUCCCGCCGUGUCCGCCGUCUCGUGCCGUAUCUCUUCCUUCUCUAGAUAGUACAUACCUAUUACACGUUACACGCGGCACCCGUGCAUGACCACUGCCCCCCUCCAACCCCCCUUCCCGGUCGCGCAGGACCUGGAACCCAAACCUCUGCAGAAGGAGAAAACAAAUAGCCCCAGCCUUGUCGUCCCAAGAAAAAAGAAAGGGGGGAAAAAAGCCAUGCCUUCCUCGUCUUGAAUCUGUGCCACUUACAAUCGUCCCCUCGCUCGUUCCCCUCGAACACACACCUGCGGUGUCGAGGAAUCAUGGUUGGUCCCUCCACGAUCACCGCCCUCUCAUCAUCACCACCACCACCACCACCACUACCAAGCACCACAACCCCUCAGACGCCGUAGUACGAUCACAGUAGAACAGCCAGCCCUCCUUCCAACAAAGAAAAACCCCCCAAAGCAAAGAAACGCUUUCGGGUCGGGGAACCGGAGGCAGAGCGCCCUCACCCUCCUCCCCCCACCAAACAUCGUGAUGGCGCCCAACAUCAUCGUCUCGCGACCCACAUUCCCGACCUACCUCCUCCCGAGCUUCAACAUCCCCUUCCGCCGCUCACCCGCGACCUCGCUACCCCCGUCCGCCCCCGCCUCGGACUCCGCCCCGACCCCGGCCGCGAGCCAGGUCCCCUCCUUGAGCUCCUCGCCGACCUCGUCCACGACUGAUGAGACCGCAACUCCACCAAACAGCCCCCCGCCGCCGUCGUACCACGAUGCCAUAACAACGACCGCAACUGGCAUCCGUCUUGCGACAGCGAAAUCCGCAACAGUCGGCGGUGACGGCGGUCCCUACCUUGCACGCACCCAGCCAGAUACCCUCCGCUGCUCGACCUGCUCCUGCGACGUCGCCUUCUCUUCCCAGAUCGUCAGCAAGGGCUUCACAGGCCGCUACGGCCGCGCCUACCUCGUCGCGCCCACGCCACCCCCACCGGCCCCGAUCUCGGGCGGCGCCCCCACCCCGAAGGCGGGCGGCAACACCGGCGCCGCCGGCCCCGGGUCCCUCGCCAACGUCCGCAUCGGCCGCUGCGAGAACCGCCAGCUCGUCACGGGCUGGCACGUCGUCGCCGACAUCACCUGCGUCCUUUGUAGCGCCAAACUUGGUUGGAAGUACGUCGACGCUAAGGAGCUCAGCCAGAAGUACAAGGUCGGCAAGUUCAUCCUCGAGGUCGAGCGCGUCGUGCCCUUCCGCAGCUGGGAGGACGUCCCCUCGCCGGGCGGCCGCGGUUGUGUUUCGGGGGACGCUGGGGAGGAGGAGGAGUCCGAGGGGGAGGGCGACGGGGUGAGAGAUGACGAGGACGACGAGGACGGUGAAAGACGAGAGGGCGGUGAUGCCGACGCCGCGAGUGGUGCUGCCAAGGGCGGCGAGCUGGGGAGCGAGGAUAUCGAGAUUGUGUUUGAUUCUGAGGACGAGGAUGAGCUCGAGGACUUGUUCGCCGGGACAUGGGACCCAGAGGUUGUGGCCAAGAGACGAGGGCGCCGGGAAACCGCGACGCGGAAGAAGUAGUAGUAAUACCCCCCUUUCACAACCUUCACCAAAUAUCCCCAGCCACAGUCGGCCUCAUUUACAACAGGCGGUUUUUUUUUCGUUUUCUUUUUCGAAGCUUGCUGGUUAGCAAAUGUGGCACGCGAUCGAUACCACGACCACCAAACCUUCACAGUAAUGAAUUUUUUCACGACCAAUACCCCCCGUCACUUC